CCGGUCAGAGUUCCGCUCGUCGAGGUCCGGUUCCAGACUGUGGGCGUCCAAUCACGCGCAGCUGGUCGUAUGGCCGCCUGGCUAAAAAACACUGAACUCUCCAUCGGCUGCCCCGCCAUGGAUGUAUUGGACGACGUGCUGGUGUGGACAAUAGCUGCAAUAUUAAAUCCGCCUUGCUUUCCACCUCUCAGCCCGAGACUGAGCCCCUUCUGGAUUCAACAAACAGUGCUGCGUCUCCAGCUCGAUUGGCUACGAUGCUGCCAAACCAGGAGGCAGUGCCCCGCCACGCCAUCUUGCAUACGAGGCUAAGACCAUCUCACUUUCUGCCUGCAGCCGAGGGCUGUCUGCCUUGUCACGAAGCACGUGAGACCCAUUCAAACGGAUUGGUGGUUGUAGUUGUAAUUCCCCUUCCUGGCCAGUGCCCCACCCAACAACCUACCGCCGGAUACUCAUCCGUGACGACUUGUACCAAGCGGAUACAUGAGGAAGCGAAGGUAUCGCGAUCGCGAACACGACAGGCAGUAUGGACCUCUUAUCAAAUUCGGCAUCCCUCUUUCACCAAGUCUUUCACCUUUACCGCCAUAUAUCGUCGUCACGAAAUUUCUCAGAUACUGCUGGUGAGCGCCCUAUCUGCUCUUAUUGCAGUUGAAUACUUUCGCUUUGAAAGCUGGGUGCAAGACAGUAGAGGAGAUAGUUCUGGGAAUUCUCUUUAAGGUAUAUAGAUGCCUUAAGAAACUUAAUAAGCUGAGGGGAAAGUAUGCUAUAGAUCUUACCUCUGGGUUGUUGUUAUCCUCUACCCGUCCUGGGCAGGUUUUGUAAGGUAUUACCCCGUUGCCGGCCUUGAUUCCAGCGCCAACUGGACUCUAUAAUAUUAAUCUCU